GCUUUUACCUUUAACAAGUCAGUUUCUGCCUUUGCUUUGUCAUGUCUGUACAGAACAUAAUUGAAGUAGUCAACUAAUAUCCAUUGGAGUGAGACAAAUCAAAUCCUGGGGCGACUUGGGGUUUUCCUAUACAUUUCUGCCGUCGUCUUAUUUCAAGCAGCGGUAAAUAUGGAAUGGGAGUGUGAGCUCUGUGACCCAGGGUACUUCAUGGUCAGUCCAUGUGCCGAUGGAUUGCGAAAUUCUACAUUAUGUGAGAUGUGUAAGGGUAGAACCUUCACACCAACUCAUAACAAUGAGACAUCUUGCGUCAGAUGCCGUGAACCAAAUCACGUCGUUUAUUCUGAGGAAGACACACCUAUCGCCUGUCGGUGUGCAAAGGGGUUCCACAAGAGACACAGCACUUGUGUACGGAACGCAUUUUGUCGACCAGGAAAGGGGAUACACAGAGGGGGCUGCCAACAUUGCCCUGAAGGACAAUUCAGUAACCAAUAUUCCAACACACAGCACUGUCGCCCUUGGACGAAUUGUACCGCAAAGGGAAUGAUCACGAUGUCCGAGGGAACGUCAAGAAGGGACGUGAUCUGCAGAGAUACAAGUGCGAUGAGAGGAAGACGUCGGCACUACAGGAAACAAACAAUGGACGCCGAAAAGGAAACGGUAAUCUCUACAACACAGGCUCCAGCCAAUACAUCAGAGAGGAAAAUUCUGAGACAAAAGGGGAUAGCUGUAGCACCAACCUCGUCUUUGAAAGUGAUCGCUACAACAACAACUAUGAUAACACAAUCAAAAACUAGUGAUCCACGCAGCCAAAUAGCCGAGAUUUCACCUGCUGUGUCCAAGGAUGAUCCGACUCAUUGGUUAAUAAUCAUAACAAUCGCUGUUAUUAUGCUGCUACUGCUUGUAAUCGUCAUGCAAAUUACCAUUUGCCAGAGGGGACUGAGAGAGAAAACUUCGAAAAGAAAAGUAACCUGCAGACCAAAACAGGAAAGUCGAGACGGAGAGAAAUCUCCCGUGCACCAUAGGGCUGUCUUGAUGAGUGACGAACAGAUUCAAGUUCAAGAAGAACCUUUCGAAGUUCCCACAAGUCCAACUGAGUUCGAGGGUCAUCUUCAUGUGAACGAACCACCACCGUAUCACUCACAAGAUUUGCAAGUAAUAAACAACUGCAACUGUAACUGCAACAGUCACGAGAAUUGGGAUGAUACACCCGAAAAUCAAGACUACGAAGGAGAGGAAACCAGUCCCAAAACCCACAUACCCCUGGGGUUUUCUGUCUCCAUGGAGUUUGCAAAAACCCCAUUGGCGCACUCCAGCGAAUCUCUAUCCAGCACGCACGUUUCCUCUGCUUCGUGGCAGACGUCUCCUUCAAGCGUGGCAUACAGGAAGAGGAUCCAAGAACGUCUUGCGCAAGUUGUGACAAAUGUGCUGUCGAGAAGCGCGAUGGAGCAUCUUGUAGGAGGACUUGGGCGGGAGUGGCAAGCGCUGGCUCAAUGUCUGGGGCUUACACCGGCCGAAAUCGAUCACAUCUUAAAUGAAAAUAGAAGCGAUUUGGACAAACAAAUCUAUGAAAUGAUUAGGCGUUGGCAACAGGGUAGGACAGGAGAAGCGUCCAUCUCUGAAUUGUAUGGAGCACUGCUGGAGUGUAACAUGGAGGAAUUACACAACAAGUUGGUUUCUUUGGAAGGUGCUGGUGCUGGCUGCAAAACUGAAACGAUUAUUCAAUGAAUUAAGCUAAGACACACUUUUGUUGCAUACUUUGCCAAAAUGGGCUACCAAGUACAGGUCACAACAAAACAUUGUUAACAGAUACAAUUAAUUUUACAGGUAAAAAAAAAACUUACUAUCAUUAGAUAAAUUCAACUUCUCGCCUUUCAGCUAUAUAAUAGUAGAGACAGAAUAAGGUUUGUCUGGUUGCAUUAGGAAUUUGAAUUUUACUAAAGAUAGCUGGAGGGACAACCGGUUUUCAAGUCGUCUCACUUUUCAUCCAAUGAUUGUGAGUAAAAGUAGCCUUUUUACCAUCCGAUUUCUACCUUUAGAGCUCCGGUAGAAAUAGGAUGGUACCCAGGAUAGAAUAAAAGAACAAUGAAAAAGAAUACGGUCUUUCAUCACAACAACAGCUUAGAGUUUAAGGUAAUGCCAUGUAUAUUGAAGUUUAAUGAUAAGGAAAUAUUGUUUUUAUAUCUAUUUUCUGAACAUGAAGAAGAAUAUGCCAUUCUGCUUAUAAGUACUAUAAAGCAAACAAUAUUGUGCUGCUUAACUAAACUAAACUAAGCUAAUAUCGAACAUAUGGAUACUGUUAGAUUUCAAGUUCGUAGACUAGUUAGAUGCUUCUAUCUAUUAUUUAGACAGUAAGUGUUGUAAACCGUUUGAAACACAUUCAUGUAUAUAUAUA